AUAGCACAACCUUAAGCUCAUCAAUUAACAGCUCAAAGGUCUCGGUGCAAAUAACUACUAUAAAUCAAGAGGAUCCUGCUGCAUGCAAAAGCACACAAACACACAGAGAGACAGAGAGAAAAAGAGGAUGGCAAAAGUGGUAGCAAAGAAGAUAGCUGUUAGUGCAGUAUCAUCAGAUUUCGAAGUAGGUGAUGAGGCUGUUAAGAUGUUUAACGUUAAGACCUCUUCCUCUUCUUCACUGCCAUGCCCUUUGUUAAUGUUUUCGCCGACUGCACGAGGACCCUAUCCAGUUUUACUCUUUUUCCAUGGAUUCGCGCUCAAGCCCAUCUGGUACAAGUCCCUCCUUCAACACAUUUCUUCCCAUGGAUAUAUCAUUGUUGCUCCUGAGUUUUCUCCUUUGUCAUCCCAAAGCCAAGAAGUGAAAAACGCAGGAAAAGUAGCAGACUGGUUAACUUAUAACAACCUCGAAUCCGUACUGCCAGAUAAGGUUCUCCCGGACCUAAUGAAAGUCGCCGUCUCUGGCCACAGCAGAGGUGGUAAAAUAGCAUUCGCCUUAGCUUUAGGCUACGGUGGCAGCUCAUCCUCAAGCUCAACAACGCCACUCAAAUUCUCAGCACUACUCGGAAUUGAUCCAGUAGCAGGAUUCUCUCCGUCCUGUUUGUGUCCUCCCAAUAUUCUCCAAUAUGUUCCUUACGAUUUCAAUCAAUCGGUCCCUGUAGCUGUUAUUGGCGCCGGCUUGUCAAAUCAACGAGCAUAUGGUGUGCUCCCACCAGGUGCGCCAAAUGGGGUUAAUCAUGCGGAGUUUUUCAACGAGAGUAAGGCCCCUUGCUACUACUUUUUGGCUAAGGAUUACGGUCAUACGGAUAUAUUGGAUGAUAAAAUAGCAGAUUUAAUGAGUAUUGUGCUGAGAAGUGGAAAAGGAUCAAAGGAUAGUUUGAGAAGGGCUGUUGGAGGAAUUGUGGUGGCAUUUCUCAAGGCUUAUUUGGAAGGUCAAGUUGAUGAUUUAAAUGCUAUUGUUGAAUCACCUACUCUUGUUCCUAUUACCCUUGAUCCAGUUAUAUCUGUCAAGGAUUAAUUAGAACACCCAAAAGAUCAUAGUCAUGAAAUAAAGAUCUUUUAAGUGUGGAUGUUUGCAUUCCUACAAUCGUAUCCUAAAAUGUUGUCACAUUAAUAUUUCGACGACAAUGUAUUUGUACUAUGUUUCAGGAAUAAGUCUGUACGUUUCGAAAAUUCCCAAUAAAAAGGUUUGUUUGUUGCU